CUGAAGCAAUCGAGCUUCUCAUCCACAUUCCCCACCACAAGCUGAGCAUCUCGAGCCCAAGCCAUGGCCUUCCGUGCCGUAACCUGCCCCCGUUCCUCCCUGCCCAUCCCCCGCCGCAUCCGGCCCUCCGCCGCCGCCGGAGGCGGCAGACCAGAGUCCACCGCAGCGCAGUUUGCCUCGCUCGCCGCGGUGUUCCGCCGACGGCUCCUCACGGGCAUCGGCUCCGCCUCGCUCGUCGCUCUUGGCGCCAAUUUCGGCGGCGUCACUAGCUUCCUCCUUGGCCUCUCCCCAGAGCUCGGGCGGUCGCUGAGGCUCGACGUCCUCUACCCCGUCCAGGGUUUCACCCGCUGCCUCGACUCCUCCAAUGGAUUCGAGUUCAUAUAUCCAGAGAGUUGGGUCGGAGACCAGACGGUGCUCUACAGAGCUGUAGGCAAAGCAGAGUCCGAGAGACCUCUGGACCCGCCGCCUCUCGUCAAUGGCCGGCCAUCCUCUCGACCGCCGCGCAGCGUCAGCGAGCCGGUAGCUGCUUUCGGGCCUCCAGGAUCCAACGGCGAGCUCAACGUCAGCGUCAUCGUCUCCGACGUCCCUCGUGACUUCGCGAUCGAGGACUUCGGUGGGCCGAAGGAGGUGGGCGAGACGGUGUUGAGGAGGAUUGCUGGGUCCAGAAGAGGAUCCGAUAUAAGUGCGGCACUGGUGGAUGCAACAGUGAGGGAGGAUCCUUCGAAGAACGUGAACUACUACAGGCUGGAGUUCAGAGUGGAAGGACCUUCGUUUCGCCGACACAACGUCGCCGUCUGCUGCGCUCGCCGUGGCAAGCUGUUCACUCUCAACGCUCAGGCACCGGAGCCGGUCUGGCCGAGAGUGAAGCAGGAGUUCUACAGGAUUGCGGACUCCUUCAAUCUCACUGAAGCAUAGAAGAAUUACGUCGAACACUCGAUGCUGACCUCCAGGGUAUCAAACCCAUCGAGCUCUUUGUACAUGAAUUAGUCAUUGCUCAAUGAUUCCUAUGGGAAAUUUGGUGCUGUGGUGGAUGGUUUUACUCCAA